AUGGCUUCCUCACCUGCUGGUAGACUCUUCGUCCGCAGGCCACCAUGGAGCAGUAGCAUACUUCCAAAAGGUUCACCUCGGACACUCCGGCACUAUUUUGGCUUCACAGGAAAAGGUCUUCCUCAGGACUUGAUGAAACAUACCCAGUCUUUAUUAGAGCCUGGGGAUGAAACUAUGAGGCAGAUGCCAUCACUGGAAAGCAUCUUUCAGUACACACUGGUUGCAGUACUGAAGGCAACUAUUAGGAUGGGUAAACAAGGAUUAGGUCUCAUAGUCAUACAGAAUGGGCCAUAUCUCCAGAUAACAAGCAUUGUUGAGAAAAGCUCUGCAGCUAAUGAUGGAAAGCUAAAACCAGGGGAUGUUCUAAUAAAAAUUGGACAUGCCACCGUUUUGGGCUGGACCCUGCGACAGCUUAGGCAACUCCUGCACAAUAUUCCUAUAGGAACGACUCUACAAAUCAGAGUUUACAGAGAUUUUGUUGAAGUACCUCAAGACUGGCAAAGUGCAGUUGAAUUAAUUCCUGAAGUAAAGCUGCCUGUGGUGUCAGCAGACACAGACUACGAUGAAGAUGACAUCGGGUCCAGUACUGAUGAUGAUGUAGGCUUGUAA